UGAUAACCGAGGAAGGGUUGAGGUGGUCGGCUAUGGUGGACAGGUGUAGGUGAUGGAGGUGGAAGCAGGGUUGGGGGUGGUCGGCUAUGGUGGACGGGUGUGGGUGAUGGAAGAGGGGGAAGGGUUGGAGGUGGUCGGCUAUGGUGGACGGGCGCGGGUGAUGGAAGAGGAAGAAGGGUUGGCGGUGGUUGGCUAUGGCGGACGGGUGUGGGUGAGGGAGGAGGAAGAAGGGUUGGAGGUGGUCGGCUAUUGUGGACGGGCGUGGGUGAUGGAGGAGGAAGAAGGGUUGGAGGUGGUCGGCUAUGGUGGGUGGGUGUGGGUGAUGGAGGAGGAAGGAAGGGUUGGGGGUGAUCGGCCAUGGUGGACAGGUGCGGGUGAUGGAGGAGGAAGGAGAGUUGGAGGUGAUCGGCUAUGGUGGAUGGGCGUGGGUGACGGAGGAGGAAGAAGGGUUGGAGGUGGUUGGCUAUGGUGGAUGAGUGUGAGUGAUGGAGGAAGAAGAAGGGUUGAGGUGGUCGGCCAUCGUGGAAGGGUGUGGGUGAUAGAGGAGGAAGAAGGGUUGGGGUGGUCCGGCUAUGGUGGACGGGUGUGGGUGAUGGUGGAAGAAGAAGGGUUGGAGCCGGUCGGCUAUGGUGGACGAGUGUCGGUGAUGGAGGAAGAAGAAGGGUUGGAAGUGGUUAGCUAUGGUGGACGGGUGCGAGUGAUGGAGGAGGGAGAAGGGUUGGGGUGGUCCGGCUAUGGUGGACAGGUGUGGGUGAUGGAGGAAGACGAAGUGUUGGAGGUGGUCAGCUAUGGUGAAUGGGUGUGGGUCAUGGAGGAAGAAGAAGGGUUGGAGGUGGUCAACUAUGGUGGACGGUUGUGGGUGAUGGAGGAAGAAGAAGGGUUGGAGGUGGUCGGCUAUGGUGGAUGGGUGUGGGUGAUGGAGGAAGAAGAAGGGUUGGAGGUGGUCGGCUAUGGUCGAUGGGUGUGGGUGAUGAAGGAAGAAGAAGGGUUGGAUGUGGCUGGCUAUGGUGGACGGGUGUGAGUGAUGGAGGAGGGAGAAGGGUUGGGGUGGUCCGGCUAUGGAAGAUGGACGUGAAAGAAGGCCCGUUGGACGUAUCCUAAGUCCUAGCCCCGUGCCUC